UCUCUCUCUCUCUCUCACACACAAAUGUGCGAACUAAAAUCCCACUUUCUUUCUUGCAAAUGCAACUCAGAACAACCUAAUCUCCUCUCAUUGAAACCCCAAGAAUCAGACAUGUUACCCUCUUUGAUCCCUAAAAGCCCUACAUCUCAACACCAAAUUAAGAAACCCAACAAAACUACACAUCUUUCUCUAGUCAUUCAAGAAUCCAAAUCCAUAGCCAAAAUAGCCCUCCCAAUGAUACUCACCGGUCUAUUACUCUACUCACGUUCCAUGAUCUCGAUGCUCUUUCUUGGUCCUCUAGGUGACCUAGCGCUGGCCGGAGGCUCAUUAGCUAUCGGGUUUGCUAACAUAACCGGAUAUUCUAUUCUUUCCGGCUUAGCCAUGGGAAUGGAGCCCAUUUGUGGUCAAGCUUUUGGUGCCAAAAAGUACACUCUCCUUGGUAUUUCCUUGCAGAAAACAGUGCUUUUACUCAUAUUAACAUCUUUUCCAAUAUCCCUUUUAUGGCUUAACAUUCACUCAAUUUUAGUUUUCUUCAAACAAGAUGAAGCCAUUGCAACACAAGCUCAAGCAUAUCUUUUGUACUCAAUUCCAGAUCUUUUGGCUCAAUCUUUACUGCAUCCACUGCGCAUUUACCUUAGAACACAAUCUAUAACUUUGCCUCUAACAUUCUGCGCAGCAAUGGCAAUUCUCCUACACAUACCUAUAAACUAUCUUCUCGUAUUGAAACUUAGUUUAGGUAUCAAAGGAAUUGCACUAAGUGCGGUUUGGACAAAUUUUAACCUCGUAGUUUCAUUGAUAGUUUAUAUAUUGAUUUCUGGUAUACAUAAAAGAACCUGGGGAGGUCUGUCCAUGGAGUGCUUUAAACAAUGGAAAUCCCACUUGAAUUUGGCCAUUCCAAGCUGCAUUUCUGUGUGUUUGGAAUGGUGGUGGUAUGAAAUCAUGAUUUUGCUUUGUGGGUUGUUAGUGAAUCCAAACAAAACAGUUUCUUCAAUGGGGAUUUUGAUUCAAACCACUGCAUUGAUUUACAUAUUUCCAUCCUCUCUUAGCUUCAGUCUCUCCACCAGGGUAAGCAAUGAAUUGGGUGCAAGACAACCAGAAAAAGCAAAACUUGCAGCAAUUGUAGGCCUUUCAGGAAGCUUCAUACUGGGGUUUUCAGCACUGUUUUUCACCGUAACCAUGAGGAACAUUUGGGCCAAAAUGUUUACUCAUGAUCAAGAAAUCAUAGCAUUGACUUCACUAGUUUUACCAAUAAUUGGGCUCUGUGAGUUAGGAAAUUGCCCACAAACAACAGGUUGUGGGGUGUUGAGAGGAACCGCAAGGCCCAAAGUGGGAGCAAACAUCAACUUAGGUUGUUUUUAUCUUGUCGGAAUGCCAGUGGCGGUCGGUUUAGGUUUCUACGGUGGCUUAGGUUUUGAAGGGCUGUGGCUGGGGCUGUUGGCGGCGCAGGCUGCCUGUAUGGCCGCCAUGAUGGUGGUUUUGCUUCUAACAGAUUGGAAAUUUGAAGCUCAGAGAGCCCAACAGUUGACUGGUGCUAAUGACUUCGAAGAAUUAAUUGAGGAAAAUAAUCCACUUUUAGCAGAAAUUAAGGAAGGUCCCUAAUAUUCUUUAGGUGAUCACAUAGUUUUAAACUAAUUUAACUUUGUUCUCUUUUUUCUUAUAUAUGAAAUCUAAAGACGCAUAAAGAUGUACUACUGAAUAAGAAAUCCUUGGAGUCACUUCAAAUUUUAUGAAAAUAAAU